CCAGGGGGCGUCGACCAGUGACUAACACCACAGCGCGAGAUUUUGUGCGAGUAUAUAAAGUAGAUCGGCCGAUCCGAUUAAUUAUCAGUCGACCGAGUAACAACCAUCGACAAACAACAUACUCAUUCAUCAUGCGAUUCGUGAGUAUAAUAGUAUUUAAACGUCUUAGUCUUUCGGUAUUUAAAUCCCACAGUAGGGACUUUUAGGCCUUUUAUUUCGUUCACGCGGAUCUCUCUUUUCGAAUAAUAUCAAAACUAAUAUUUCGUUAUCGUAACAACUGGUUCACUUCUCACGAACUAUAUUCUCACUCGACACUCGUAUAAAUUAAAAUUGUGUCGUAGUACUCUCCUUUCAAAAAAUUCCAUUAUUACCCAGUGUGUCAUUCCACAUUUUCGUCACAGGUCGGAUUUUACGAUAUCGUUUUAUGUAUUAUAUUAAUAUUAUUUUUUUCAAUAUAAUACCACUAGAUAGAUUAUUAUAGUUUUAUUUUAGUUUGACUUAUGUACAACGUAUUCUUUUACGAUUACAGGGAGUAGCUGUUUUCACAUUGGCUGCCGUAGCCCUCGUCAGGGCCAGCGGAUCCAACGAAAAGACGACGAAACAAGGAAAGAGGAGUUUAGGCGGUCUUGGCUACGGAUCCAGUUUUGGCUACGGCUCCGGUCUGGGUUACAGUUCCGGUCUGGGUUACAGUUCCGGUCUAGGCUAUGGUUCCAGUCUGGGCUACAGCUCUGGUCUGGGCUACAGCUCUGAUUUGGGCUACGGCUCCGGUCUGGGUUACAGCUCAAGUUUGAAAUACGGUUCCGGUUUGGGACUAUCGUCCGGUUUAGGAUCAUACUCUGCUGCAGGCUUAGGCUACUCCGGUGGUCUUAGAUACGGUGCCGGAUACGAAAGCGUGGAAACCGUUGCCGCUCCAGCCCCAACAACCGGACCUCUCGUUCCGGUCUCCAAGGAGGUGCACAUCAUCAACCGUCAUGCCCGACCUGUGUCCGUUCCAUACCCAGUGCCCGUGCAACACGAUGUAGCCGUUCCUGUACCACACCCGGUGCCCUACAAGGUCGAUAGCCCGUACCCAGUGCACGUACCUGCCCCAUACCCAGUACCAGUCGAAAGGCCCGUUCCAUACGCAGUCGAUAGACCAGUUCCCCAUCCAGUUGCCUCACCUUACCCGGUCCCGGUGGUCCAUGAUGUGCCCGUGCCCGUAUCCAGACCUUACGCCGUGCCGGUAGUUAAAAGAGUCCCGGUACCGGUUGCCACGCCAGUCGUAGUACCAGCACCCCAACCUGCCUUUGCUGCAGUGGCCGCUCCAGCGUUCGCUUCCGGUUAUUCCGGUUACGGUUCUGGAUUUGAGACUUCUGGCAUAGGUUACAGCGGUGCUUCGAGUUUCGGUCAUGCCACUUCUGCCAUUGGUUACGGAGCUGUUCCGAGCUUCGGCCACGCAGCUCCUGCCAUCGGCUACGGUUCAUCUUUCGGCUCCAAAAGUCUUUACGGCGGAUCUCUAGGAUACGGAUACGGAGCGGGUCUGUCUUCUUUCGGUCACGGCUCAUACGGUCAUGACUUCAAGAAAUAGAAAACUUAGCAUCUAGUCCAAUAGCAAAUAGUUUACUUAGAUUAUUUUUAUAAUGUCGUUUAUUUACGUGUAUAUUUUUUUUUUUACACAUUUGUUUGAUUUUCCUUUUAUAAUUGGAAUUUUGUCUGCAAUCAAGUUACCGAUAAAUAAAAAAAAACUUUUUAUAUAAUAUUA